CUUUGCCGAUCCGCACCCAAACCCUAAUCUUUCUAAAAAGUAAAACCCCGCAUCUCCCAUGGCCGCCGCCUCGCCGCCGCCCUCCCCGCCCCAUCCAAAGCGCCCCAAGAUGUCCUCCUCCUCCGACCCCGAGCCGGAGCCCACCUCGCUGUCUGCCGCCGGGGCCGAUCCCGGGCAGCCUCGCCGCCGCUACAAGCGCCGCAAGGUGGCCAUCAUCCUGGCCUACUGCGGCGCGGGGUAUCAGGGUAUGCAGAAGAAUCCGGGCGCGCGCACCAUCGAGGGCGAUCUCGAGGAGGCGCUCUACCAGGCGGGCGCCGUCCCGGAAGCCGACCGUGCCGCGCCCGCCCGAUACGAGUGGGCACGCGCAGCGCGCACCGAUAAGGGCGUGAGCGCCGCCGCGCAAGUUGUCUCCGGACGCUUCUACGUCGACCCGCCGGGAUUCAUCGACCGCCUGAAUGCGAAACUCGCGCCACAGAUCCGGGCCUUUGGCUACGUGCGCGUCACCAACUCCUUCAGCGCUAAGAAGUUCUGCGACCGCCGGAGGUAUGUGUACCUGCUCCCCGUCUUGGCGCUCGACCCCAGCGCACACCCAGACCGCGAGGCUGUCAAGGCAAGCGCGGGGAGUGAGAACCAACUUGCGAAGUGCGUGGAGUGCUCCGAGAGGGGGAGGAAGGUGCCAGAUAUUAUGGGCCGGGAGGGGAAGUUGCCCGACUCCGAGGAGGAGAAGGUUCUUGAUACGCCUGGAGAGGAAACUGUGGCCUCUCAUGGAGAAUUAGGGGAUGCAAAAUCUGUUCCAGCAAGCCCUGUUACUGAGACUUGUGAUGGCGAGACUAGGCUGGGGGGUGAUGUAAUGAUUGAUAUACCGAGCUCUGGUAAUGGAACAGAAGCUCAAAAUGCUGAACUGGGAUCAAAUGGGGCAGGAAAAUUUGAUAUUGAACCUGCACUUGGUACUUGCGAUUCUGAAGCUGUACCAACCAGCGCCAGUGAGACCAUCUGUUCUGAUUCAACCUUAGGUUCAGUUGAUGUCGUUGCUUCAGUUGUAGCUGAGAAGGAGAAUAAUUUUGAGCCUGCAGAUAGUGAAAAGGAGAGAAUGCAAGCUAUAAAUAUUCAGAAGGAGAAUGGAGAAGAAAGUCCCCUUCUGAAAAACACAUUUGCUUACACUGAUGAAGUUAAAGAGAAGUUCAAUAGGAUCCUCAAGCAUUAUGUUGGAACCCGCAAUUUCCACAACUUCACCACAAGAACUAAGGCUGAGGAUCCUGCAGCCAAGAGGUACAUCAUUUCCUUCACUGCCAAUAGCGUUGUUAGUCUGGAUGGGAUUGAUUUUGUCAGAUGUGAGGUUGUCGGGCAGAGUUUCAUGCUUCAUCAGAUCCGGAAGAUGGUUGGCCUUGCUGUAGCAGUGAUGAGGAACUGUGCACCUGAGUCAAUCUAUGACGUUGCCUUCCGCAAGGAUAUCAGACUUAAUGUGCCUACUGCACCCGAGGUUGGACUGCACCUUGAUGAAUGCAUGUUUACCUCAUAUAACUCAAAAUGGAUGGAUACACAUGAGGCAGUUUCAAUUGAACCCUAUGCUGAGGAGGCUGAAGAGUUCAAGAUCAAGUACAUCUUCCCUCAUAUUGCUGCAAUGGAACACAAGGAGGGAGCUGUAGCACUCUGGUUGCAUGCGUUGAACAGCAGAAACUAUCCAGAUUUCCGCUACAUGGAGACUGCUGGAUCUGAGGCAAAGGUUGGGGCUGAAGUUGAGAAUAUGGAAGAAGUGCAAAUGCCAAGUAAUAAUAUAAGCGAGUAACUUUUUGUAAGGAACAUGCAAGACCGAUGGAUAUUUCUGAUUGUCCUGUUCACCUGGAGAGUUAAAACAUUGCUUGGAAUAAAGACUGAAGAGAAAGGGUUGCUGCUCUUGUCCUAUGAAGUGCCGGCAUCAAAAUGGUCGGAAGCAUAGUUAUCUGCUUCAUUGUUAUCUUAAGACAAUAUCUGUUACAGCGGAGAUCAGCUUUCCCAGAUUAGAUAUUUUAAGAUUGAUAUGAUCUAUGUAAUACUUUGAGACAGUUUUGAGAGGGAACUAUGCCCCCUGGAAAAUACUUCAUUGAAUCCAGCAUGCAGUUCAAUAGGUUCUAUAUAUUGUAUGGCUUAGACCUGAAAUAUGUUGUUCUGGUCUUUAAUUCUUUUCAGGUUACAUUACAGUAUUAACAUUUUCUUUUUGUAAUCACACUGCAUUCGUCUUGGCAAGCUCCAGAUUGAUUAAGACUCAUGUCCAUUGCUAGGGAAA